CUCUAUAGGACUCCACAUCCCAGAGAGCCUUGCCCUUGGCCAUACAGGAAAGGGAACAGCCGGCAGCCUAUCCCGGUGGGGAGGUGUGGUGAGUGAGCAGCUGUCAAGCCAAUAGCAGAGAGGGAAGUGAAGCCAAAGCAGUGGGCUGAAAAAAGUGGGCUGGGGGUGGGAGGAGGAAGGGGGAGAGUUAGAGUUAGUAGGUGUCUGCCUGUGUGUGGGAUCAGGCAAGGGCUUGCCUGUGUAACUAGGGCCACUCGGAAGUUUGCCGACUGCAGUUAUUCCACGGCACGAUCCUGCCCAGGCAAAGAGGCAGGCAGGGAACACUGAGCUGGCCCACAGAGAGAAACAUAUUUCUGCCUGGCCGACAGGCAGACGGACAGACGGCAGGACGGAGACCCGAGCGGCGGCUGCGAUUGGCGGCUCGACGGCAGGCUGGUGGAAGAUGUCGUCGGGGGCCGGCGGGCGGGCGUGCGAGGGAGAGGAGGGCCCAGUGGGCAUCCCCUUUCCUGAGCACAGCGCCGACCUGCUGGAAGGCUUGAACCGGCAGCGGCUCAGCGGCCUGCUGUGUGAUGUGCUACUGGUGGUGCAGGAGCGUGAGUUCCCCGCCCACCGCUCGGUUCUAGCCUCCUGCAGCUCCUACUUCCACAAACUCUUUACCUCAGGCUUGGCUGCUGAGCGCCAGAGCGUUUACGCACUGGACUUUGUGCGUGCUGAGGCGCUUGCUGCACUGCUGGACUUCGCCUACACAGCCACACUCACCGUAAGUCGUAGCAGUGUAGCGGACAUCCUGAGUGCUGCCCGUCUGCUUGAGAUCUCACCUGUCCAAGACAUCUGCACACACCUGCUCGACACCAAAGUGCUCUCCCUUCCGACGGGCAACGAGCGAAGAGAGGACGAGCUGGAAGAGGAUGGAGAGUGCGGGCGGAGCAGCCGAGAGCAGGGCAACUGGCUACGCGCUCGCGAGUACCUGGAAUUCUUCCAGCGAGGGGCGCACUGGAGAAGCAGCUGCAGUACGCCAGAGCUCAGGGACAUGCCCGCACACCUGCACUUUAGCCAUCGCAACGGCGCUGACAGCAAUGGCACGCCGUCUAACUACUUCCCCCCCCCAGGCCCAGGGCUGGCGAUGCACCCUCCACCAGACCCGGAGGAUGACCCAGAUGAGCAGCAGGACACCAAGGACGUGCUGAUCUGGACUCGAGGGAAUGGCACUGAAGCGCUCUCGCACAUCUAUGCCCCAUCAUCACAGAAUGGACACUUCUACCUCCAUCAAUCCGAGCCCAAGGCAGAGCGGGAAGCAGAGGCGGAGCGCGAGGUGGAGCGAGGGCCCGCCAGCGCUCUCCUGCAGCAGAUGAUGGACUCUAUAGAGCGUAAGAAGGAGAGGCCAGCUGGGGCUGAAAAUGAGGGCGCUGACGGAGAUGAGCCUGACGUGGAGUUUUACUUGAAGUACUUUAACAGUGUGCAACGUGAGGAGGCAACCGUUCCACUCUGGACCUCGGUGCGAGGUGGAGAAGGUAGAGGCACUGGAGGCCAACCUAGCACAGGGAAUGCCGGUGGUGAGAGAAAAAUGCGCUCCAAGGCCUUCCAGAAGUGCCCUAUUUGCUCCAAGGUCAUCCAGGGUGCUGGCAAGCUACCCCGCCACAUCCGCACGCACACUGGAGAGAAGCCCUACGAGUGUGCCAUCUGCAAAGUGCGCUUCACCAGACAGGACAAGCUCAAGGUUCACAUGCGCAAGCAUACAGGAGAGAAGCCUUACCUGUGCACACAGUGUGGUGCCGCCUUUGCUCACAACUAUGACCUGAAGAAUCACAUGCGUGUACACACAGGCUUACGCCCCUAUCAGUGCUCCAGCUGCUUUAAGACCUUUGUUCGCUCGGACCAUCUCCACCGCCACUUGAAGAAGGAUGGCUGCAAUGGCAUCCCAUCUCGCCGUGGGCGCAAGCCUCGCGUACGAGAACCAGAUGUGCUUGAAGCCCCUCUGGAGCCGACCAGCGCAGGACCGAGAUCCACCAGGGGCCAGCUGCAUCCAGAGGAUGAGGAGGAUGAGGAGGAGGAGGGCAUCGGUGUGGUCGUUAUGGAAGAAGUUCCAAAGAGCCGCACACACAGCCCACUUGCUGACAGAGAGGCUAGAGGAGAUGCAACUGCAAGGCAAAGAGACGCCACAACGCCAUAAAUUACACACUGCUGGUGCUGGUGUUGCACAGAAAUCAGAGAAAAAAGAAAAUCAAUUAAGAGAAAAAAAAAAGCUACAACUCCAUGCUUCUCUUUAAAAACCAAAUCAGGGUGUCCCAAAAAUCUAAUCUCUUAAUUUACAUCUUUCUUUCUGUUUUUUUUUUCCCUUUAACAUUCAGCAUAGAGACCUGAAGCCACAGUUACUGGCCUGUUGAAAGAGUGAAGAGCACUUGACAUCACUCACCUGUGCUGUCUCUGUCUUUCUGGGUGUUUAUUUUUGAUUUUGUGUUCUUAAAUUAACUUUGGCGUAAUCGCUUGUCCAUAAGCAUACGAGACAAUGGAGUUACUAUGCAGUUAAAACAGGUUCCUCAUCUCUGGGUUGUGUCCACAGGGCUUUGUCUUAAACAAGUGAGGUGUCAAACACCUGGCUGACCACGGCUGCUAAUGCAACAGGUAAACAAAGAAUGAUCCAAGAUGUGGGAGAAGCAACAAAUGAAUCUUUUUUUUUUCCUAAUGCAGUGAAAAAUAUGUACAUAUACCAUAAAGAAAAGAUUCUAUUGUCUCAGUUCAAUAUGGCAAUAUUAUGCAAUUCUUAUGCAGCACCUUCUUUAUAAAUGUUCCAGAAAGAAUCAGACAGGGGUUUGAUUUUAAGUGUUACUUUCUCUAUAAAAAUAAUACAUGGUUAUAUCUUUUUAAAAGGUUAAAAUUUGAGUCAAAUCACAUUAGGCCAUGGGAGGAAGAGAUGGGAUGAGGUUCUGUGUUUCGGAAGCACUACCGUCAUCACUUUGCCACUGAGCAAAACCAUGUUGAAUCUUUUACCUCUCACAAGCCUGUUUUUCCUCCUUUUAGAAUUCUUGGGUUAUUUUUUUCUUGUCUUAUUUUUGUCAUUGUUGAUGUUUUCAUUUGAAUUGGCUGUUUUGGGUACUUGACACUUUACAUUGUAUACAUGUGUGUAUAUAUUAGGUGAUAAUGAUAUUGGUCCCUUUAUAAAAGGUUUAUUACAGAUUGUUAGGGUUAUAUCUUCCAUCAGCUUCACUCCAGGCUCCUCCCUGAUUGAAGCUUACAAAGGGUGAAAGGCUGUUUGAAUGUAUGAGAACAUUCAAUUGAGGAACCCAUUUUGUCCUAAACUCAGCACUUGACGGAACCGGCAAGUUCCAUCCCAAAGCAUGAACCGUGAUCUGUGUGUGUGUGUGUGUGUGUGUGAGAGAGAGAGAGAUAGAGAGAGAGAGAGAGAGAGAUGUUGAGUGAAUCUGCCAAGGUUUGCCAGCUCAGUGAGAGAGAGGGCGCUGUUUUACAGACAGCUGGUGCACAAAGGCUGAGAAUGUUUUCUCUUUUCAUGCAUGGGAAGGAAGGAAAGAGAGAUGAGCACCUUUUAUGCAUUUGCACAACUUUACUAAAGAUUUAAUCCCAAUGGAGAAAGAAAGAGAGAGAUUUAUAUUUAAGAGAGAGAAGGGAAGUUAGAAGUACUUGUUCCAACAUUCUGCCCAAGGGACCACAAAUCCAUGGGACGACCAGGGUGAUGAGAUGAGCAAUAAAUACUUGUUUGGGUUGGGAUGCCAAAUUGGGGAAGAAGGGGGGUCAAUGUUCCAUUAUUUUGUGAGUGUUGAUCUCUGGGAGGGUGCAACAAUGUCCUUUGGACACAUCCUAAGCCACGUGACUCAAUCCCCGGGGCUGGGAGCGUCAGCAUGUCAGGUUUGUGGGCACGUCCAAACAUGCUUCUCUCCAAAAUCUGGCAUUGUGACUGCAGUUAUGGUCGCCUCCAUUUUUAUUAGAGAGAGAGAGGGGCUAUCAUAGCUAAAUCUUAUUAUUCCAAAAGUGCUUGAUGGACUUUACAGACCUCACAUAGAGUUGCCUCAUUUGGAGAAUACAGAGAAAAAUCUUGGUGUAAUUGCUGGUGGUAGUGACUAGAGAAUAAAGUUUUUAAUACCAUUUGCGAGGCAGAUAUCACCCACUUUGCCAUUGCUGCAGUGCUGUGCCCAACGUUUCAGUCCUUUGCACCUUAACGGGAGCAGCAGGUUUUGAUUGCACUUUGUUACUGAGAAGGGCACUUUUUUGUCAAAAUAAACGGGUACUUUGAAACAAAAGAGAGAAUGUGCUAAAAAAAAAAAAAAACGACACCCAUCCAUGUCAUGAUGCUUAGCUGGGUUCUUUGUUGUGGUUUUUUUGACGACUGGCUGCCAAAAUACAAUCUGUACAGUCACAUGUUGCAGGGUUAUCAUGUUGAGUUUCCAAAAUGGUGUGUGACCUUGAUUAGACAACAAGCAGACUUUUAAAAAGACACCCUUAAAAAGAAGAUAUUGCCCUUAUAUCUGAUUGCACUUGAAGUUUUCAUUUGAUGUAUAAUUUUUUUCUUUAUAUAUGUCUUAAUGCAGAAUGGGGUCAUUGAGGGGGUGGCUACAUGCUUGUGUGUGUGAGAAUGCGUGUGUGAGAAUGCGUGUUUGGGUGCCUGCGUGUCUGCAGGGGUCUUCCAGUAAUUCUUAAGAUGUAUAUUCCAUUUAGACAGUUGACCAGUUCAUUACUCUGGUUUGUAUCAUUAUGUGCAGAGAACAGACUGCCUGUUAUAGUCUAACUCCAAUUUUCACUCAGUGACAACCUGUGUAGGGUUUGUAAUAAAAGGGAUAUGUUUGGUUAAGGUUGCUAUUGCAAGGCCACACCCUAAGCAAUGCUCACUGCAUAGUGAGCUUAGUUUGUCCCAACCCAUGUUAUGUGACUAGUCUGUCCAGAAAUUCCAAGUUUGUUUUUUUUUUUUUUUUAAACGCACUUUGGGUUGAUUAUUGGGAGCACGGCUUCUGGCUGUCCAUGAACCUAAACCCUACACUAAAACAUUCUGUGACUCAACUUGCAGCUGGUCAGUCCAUAGAGCAGAGUGAAGUUGCGUGUGAUACAAAUUAGCCACAGCCCAAAACCAAGCCCCCUUAUUACUUAAGCAAGUUGAGUAGAAAUCAUUGAGAAAAGGAAAUGUACUUGAGUUCUUUCUUUCAUUAUUACUGUCCUUUUUGUGAUCUGUUGCUGCCUGUUUACUAGAUGAAAUGAGUCUCUUCUUUUUACCCUGGCAAGGGUUGUUGCUAUACUUACUUUUAAGUUAAUAGCUCUUGUAUGAUUUGACGUGUGUGUAGGGGAGGGAUGGGGUUUGAACUUAUAUUGUGGAGAUGGAUGAUUGUUUUUGGUGGCAGAGCUGGGGGUGAUAUGUAGCCUGAUAGCACUGGAUAUGGUGCUUUAGCUGAAACAGCAAGAAUUUUUUGCACUAAAAGUCCUUAAAUAAGAAGGACUGAUUAACUGGGCAAGGCCUUUGAGUUUCCAUGAACGCAGAGCCUAAUUUAAGCCUGCUUCAUCUCCCCCCGCCCCCCCUUUUUUUUUUUACCUCCCUUAUUAUUAUUAUUAUUAUUAUUAUUAUUAUUAUUAUUAAUCAUUAUAAAUCCAAAGUAGGUAAGGCCUGGAUUACUUGAAAAUUUUUAACUUAUAUCUGAAUAAGCUUGCUGUCUCUUCCUUACUUAAUCUAAUUAUUGCAUCAGAUAAAAAUUUCCAAAUAAUGCCUACAUUAUUGAGCAACAUAACUAACUAAAAAGUUGUGCGGUUAAAAAAAAAAAUCCAAAGCACAUACUACAUGUCAGCGAAACCACAGAUCCAAACAUAUGAUGGUAGAGCAUUUAGGAACUUGUCUAACUUAACACAAACUGUUAACUGGAUAAAACGCUAAAUACCUGAUUUCACAUCUGUAGGUUCAUAGCAGCUCACUGGCCUUGUCUGGGGCUUAAACAUUGUAUAAAUGGGUCCACAAGGAGUCUGGGGGAGGCUGUGUAUAAACCUGACUAAGCGGAGAGGGAACUGGGUAAGAAUGUGCCUUAAAAUGGGAAGAUAUCAGGACCAUUCUUGUUCAUUCCCGUAAACAACCACAUCAGAACGCAUGAAGCUGUUCAUAUGAGGCAAUGCUAGGGCAGGUUUUGUGAAAAGUAGGGUUGGGCAAUAUGACAAUAUAACACGAAUAUUGUGAUAAAUUACAUCAUAUGCAAGUACAUACGCUUUUAUGAGAUAUCCCAGGAAUUGUCAGUACUUUUUAUAACACUGACCGAUUCCAUUGUUACACACAGUAUCAACUAGCUGACUGGUUGUUAAAUUGUUUUUGUCCUGUUUUUUCUUAGUUAGAUUCAAGUCAAUUAUUUGUCUAGAUAUUAAAUAAACCCAUUAUUUGAAGCCAUGUUUUUACAUAGAUUUUUAAAAGCGGCAUUACUGUUUUGCUGGCACUUUGUUACCAAGCCUAAAUAUCACAAUGUAUAUGUAAAAAUGUCUUUAAGUAUUGUGAUAUAUUUUUGUCAUUUCGCCCAGUCCUAGUGAAAAGCUCUGGUCUUCACUCCUCUUCAUAGAAGGUUGAUGUCUCAGCUCCCUUUUUUGACUCCUUAGAUAGAUGCUACACUGAGAUGGUGUCUCUCUUUAAAAAAAAUGUCACUUGUAAUAUCCAAAUAUUAAUUUGUCUUUGUUUUAUUUAUUUGUUGGGUUCUGGACAAGCAUUAAAUACACACGCAAUGACAGUGAUUACUGUAACAAUCAUGGAAUGAAAUGUAGUUAUGGUUGAAAAUGGUCACAUCUGAGCUAUAAAUCAGCAUGCCAAGGGUUGAUUUUUGACUAGGUAUAUGCAAGCUACAGAGAGAUUUGUGUUGUAGUUCUGAACAUCCAUGGAGAGACUGCUGUCUGUUGCUUACAGGCGCUUUGCACUAGGAGUCCUUUGUGGGUGUGGGAACCAGUCGUUUGCACAGAAUGGGGAGGGCGAGUAGCGUUUUUGUACAAACACAGGUAGUUGUUGCGUUGUUAUGUUCAGGAAUGAAUGAUGCCUCCCUAAGCGUGUGACAGCUUCAGAUGUUGUGUUUUACCAGUCAUUGAAAUGAUGCUGAACAACAGUGCAUGGUGUGCUUGUGUGUGUGUCAUUGUGUGUUAGAACACAAGUCACUGUUGUGGAGAUUAUGGGUAAUCAUCUAUUUUUUAAGUCAACUGCUUCUCAGGUUCAAAAACACUGCAGACCAUUGGUUUGGUACCACCCCAUAGUUUUUGCCUUGCAUCUAAUCAAAGCUUUAUUGUACAAUUCCUGUCCAUGUUAAGAUUUUAUGUACCAAACAGACCUAUGCACCCACAGUCCCCCUCAUUACUCUGCCUAUUGUGUGCAUUCUAAGGUUCUCAAGUAAAAGAGAAUCAAAGAGUUAGAUUAGUAGACAAAAACAUCAAACUGCAGGGUUAACAUCUUUCCCUGAGUUUACAGUUUGAGCUGGCUACAUUCCAGUCUCUGGGCCACAAAAUAUCCACAGUAGAGAGAGUAGUUUGUGUCUGAGAGAGACUUUUUGUUGGUUUUUUUGAAGCCACCAACAAAUCCAGGAUGCAUUCCGUAACUACAAAAUUCGCACUUACAAAUGAUGGCAGGAGAGUAAACAUGGUUAGGUUUGAGGGAAGAGAAGUGAUGUGUUUCUUUCCCUCUGCCUUACUUCAGUACUGAGGUUAGUAGGUAGGCAGCAAGGUGGGCUCAAAGCCAUCAUGCUGUUUGCAGGUUGGUGAUUGUAACAAAAAAAAAAGCACUUUUAUGUGCUUUCUCCAUUGGUUUUUACUGUUAAUGUUAUUGUUGCUGUUUUCUUCUCUUUUGUUAAUGUGUUUAGUUUUUUUUUAUAUCUCAUUGUGGAUAUGAUGAUUUAUUUAAAUGCAAAAAAAACUACAUGGAAAGAAAAACUUGAACGUGCUAAUAUUUGGGUUGAAGUCCUUUUGAACUGCCGCCCCACUAAACAACAUGCAUUUUUAGACAGACAACAAAGCAAGGAACAACAGCAGCAGUACAUCAAACAGGACGUGCUUUCUACAACAUUUUUGGUUGGAAAGAUGAGACUAUAAAUAUGUUUAAAUGACUUUCCAGAAUUCACAUUUACAGCUUAAACUGCUGCAGUUUAGAAUGGUACUGUGGUGGCCUUGGUCCCCUCAAACCCAUCCAGGGUCUAGUUGCACAUACUCAUCUUUCACAGUGUCAAUCUUCCAUGCACAUAUGAGGCCACAUACGACCUCUCUUUAUUUUCCUACUCUAAUGCUAGUUUGUACAAGCACACUAUAGUAGAUUUCAAUCAAUUGUUAAAACAAAUUUCAGUGGUUAGAGGGACAAAUAAAAUAUCCUUAGAAAUAUAUACAAUAUUUUUGUCAAAUCCUUACAGAGAUUAUAUAAUGUAUAUAAUUAUAUAAAAUGCAUACAGGCAAGAAAAACAACAUAUAGAACCAAUAAUUCAGCAAUAGCAUCUUGAUUUAAACCCUGAUAUGAGCAUUAGGGCACAUUCUAACAGAUCACUUAGGCAAACUUUGGGGCGGCAGAAUAUUUCCCAGUAUCUCAGGCUUGGACGGUAGCGAUCCUGUCCUUUUUCAGCUUAAAUUAAGUCCUAUUCCUUUAAAUUGUCAGUGUCUGUUGAAGCUACGGAGGGAUGGGCGAGUUUGGGAGAAUUUGCACUUUUGCCGAUGAAAAGAAUUUGUAAUGUAUAUGAGACCACUAAAUGUGCAUCGUCUAAAUCAUGUAAUUCCAUUUUUUCCAGUUUUUGGUUCCAUUUUAUUCUGUUGGGUUUAAUUUUUGUUUUGUUUGUUUAUUUUUAUGAAAUAUAUCCAAAAAUGUCUGGUGUCCUGGUUUAAGAAAUAAGAUCUUUCUAUUAAAAAAAAGAAAUGUUUAUGA